AUGGCAAAGGAUUUAAAGAAAGAGGAUUUAAAAGAUUUACCAUCAAAUUUUCAUUAUUAUUAUUUUGAUAAUGAAAUUCGUGAUUGCCGUAAUCUUAAUUUUCAUUCUAACAUAAAAGAUGAAUUUCCAGGAUAUUAUAAUCUUAAUGGUGUUUUUGAAAAAAUCGUAAAAGCUCUGUGCUAUAUAUAUAAUACCAAAAAGGAUAAGAAAGAAACUUUUAACAAUGAUCUUUGUUCAUAUUUGUAUUAUUGGAUAGGCGAUAAGAUAUACGCCAAUAUAAGUAGUACACAAGUGUUUUCAAGAAUCAUUCAAACGAUUUAUGAUGAAUUAAAUAGUACUGAUUUACUUUUGAUAUGCCGUCCACUUUAUAAUAAAAUUGAUAAAGAAACGUUUAAUAAUAAUAAAUUGUUGUUUGAUUAUUCUAAAGAUCGCGACAAUAUCAGGCUUAGUACUCUCCAUGCUCAUACGACAUGUGAUGAACAUUACAAAAAAGUCAUAGAAAAAUACAAGUCUGCAUAUAAAGAUGCAUAUUUAAAUUGUAAUGGAAUCGGCAGAGAAAAAUAUGAUUGUAGUAAAUUUGGUGAGCUCCUAAGAAAUGAACUAAACAAGGAAUUAUCUUCAUUAUAUUGUAAAGAUUAUAAACCACAUACAAUUUCUACAGGAGGCACUGAAGAUCGUGGUCAACAUGGACAUUCAUUAAGUGAAAUUGGGAGUAAAARUAUGACUUYGUUUUCUKUACUUCAUCCUGCUACAGRUAGAAAAAUUCCACCUGAAUYUCGUACUUCUGCAUAUCUGACACCUGGUUCAGAAACAAUACAUGAACAAGAUGGUGGUCACAUCCAUCCUGUUAUAGAAACUGCUGAAGGUGGAUCUUCAAAAAAUAUUGCGGGCUCAAUUGUUCCAGUACUAGGAGUUUCUUCAUUUUCUCUAUUAUUAUAUAAAGUUACACCAGUUGGAGGGUAUAUAAACAGAUUACUAGGAAGGAACAGAAAUGUGUAUAAUAAUAUAGAAUAUAUGGAUGCAUUCAAUCCAUACAAUGAAGGAAUGGAUCCUGUGGAUAGAAGAAUGAACAUAUCCUAUCAUAGGUUAUGA